AUGAAUCUGCUCAUCUUUUUACUCUGCAUCCUGCUGGAAGUUCUCGCUGUCACCUGUCAGGAGACUAUGCAGGGCCGGAUAAUAGGCGGCUACGCCCCUGCGCCCUACUCCAUCAAGUACAUAGUGUCCAUCCAGACCAUCGUUGGACAGCACUUCUGCGGCGGCACUUUGAUUAACAAGUACUGGGUGCUCACAGCAGCACACUGCAAUGUAGGUGCUGGGAAUAUGAGGAUCGUCACUGGAGAUUAUUCUGUAAGUGUGUAUGAAGGGACAGAACAGUACCGAUCGCCACAGCUCCUAGUACCUCACCCACAGUACAACAAAACCACCAACAACGCAGACAUCAUGCUCAUCAAGAUGCAGACUCCAGUGGUUGUGAAUAACUUUGUGUCCCCUGCACCGCUGCCCCGUCAAGGUGAUAACAUUGCAGAGGGUCGCGUGUGUCGUGUAUCUGGCUGGGGAUUCACUAGCCCCACAGGGGGUAUCCCUACAUCUCUUCACACCGCCACAGUGCCCAUUGUCUCCAGCGCCCACUGCAACAGCGCAGACUCCUACGAUGGCAACAUCACGGAAAACAUGAUCUGUGCUGGCUAUGCUGAUGGAGGAACGGAUGCUUGCAGUGGUGACUCUGGCGGGCCGCUGGUGUGUGAAGGUCUUGUCUACGGGAUCGUGUCUUGGGGCAACGGUUGUGCAGAUCCUCGGUAUCCUGGAGUUUACACUGCUGUGUCAAAGUUUCGCAAGUGGAUAGACAACACUGUAUUUGGCUUUUAUGGGAACUGCGGCAAGAGCUAGACUGCGCUACCUCAAUACAUCUUCAACCAUUAACUUGAAACCACUAAGAGAUCAACAUGCCAAAUUCCAUGUUGAUAGAGUAUAUCUUCUAUAUCUUCUAUAACUUAUAAAGAUUUAUACCACCUGCUGAGUUCUCCAUUUGGAUUGGAAGGAGUCUCCAGUGUCAGAGCAGCCGUUGUAACAGUCAGAAGUAAAGCUGUUGGAUUAAAUGUUCAGAUAAUGAAAACACAAGGACGGAGGUCAUUGUGUCUUGCGGUUUCUUAGUAAGCUGCUUGGUAAUUUUUUCUAUUAUUAACUUCAUGAGAGAAAAAAAUGGAAGCUGGUGAGUAUUGAGUGACUGUUUAUAACUGUUUAAUAGUAUAGUUAAACUAAUAAUAAUAAUAAUAAUAAUAAU